AUGAGGCCUCUGCCGAGCUGCAGGAGGAAGACCCGAGGCAUCUCCCUAGGACUCUUCGCCCUCUGCCUGGCCGCAGCCCGCUGUCUGCAGAGUCAGGGGGUGUCGCUGUACAUUCCCCAGUCCACCAUCAAUGCCACUGUGGAACAAGACAUCCUGUUUUCGGUGGAAUACUCCUGUCACGGCGUGCCCACCAUCGAAUGGACAUAUACAUCCAACUGGGGCGUGCAGAAGAUCGUGCAGUGGAAGCCAGGGACGCAGGCCAACAUUUCCCAAAGCCACCAGGACAGAGUCUGCACCUUCGACAACGGCUCCCUCCAGCUCUUCAGCGUGGGUGUGAGGGACUCUGGCUACUACGUCAUCACCGUGACCGAGCGCCUGGGGAGCAGCCAGUUUGGCACCAUCGUGCUGCAUGUCUCUGAGAUCCUCUACGAAGACCUGCACCUUGUCGCUGUCUUUCUUGCUUUUCUCACUGCCGUGGCCGCAGUAUUAAUCAGCUUCUUGUGGGUUUGUAAUAAGUGUGCGUAUAAAUUCCAGAGGAAGAGAAGACACAAACUCAAAGAAAGCGCCACUGAGGAGAUUGAGCUGCAAGACGUUGAGUGUUAG